AUGGUUGAUGAACAUGAGAAUAUAGCAGAUGAAUCCAUAAAAAAAGGAUUAUCUGAUAAUAAUAAUAAUAAUAAUAAUAAUAACGAUGCUAUAAGUGAUGCUAUAGAUAAAGAUAUUGAAAUUUCUAAAAAUGUUGAAGAUGAACAAUUAACAGGGAGAGGAUCUUCUGCUCAAGAUUUUGAAGAUGCCAUGGAUAGAGUAUUGGGCGGCUUAUCUGAACAAGGACCUCAUGAUCAUGAUAAUAUUGAUGUUAAUGAUGAUGGAAGCAAUAAUAAAGUAUCAGAAUCACAUGAACAAAACCAUGGUCAAGAUCAUGAUGUAUUAAAAGAAAUUAAUGAUGUUUUAGAUCAUGAAAACGCACAAGGUUCAAAUAUUGAAAAUGAAAAUCAAGAACAAAAUAUAGAGAAACAAGAUGAAGCUACUAAAGAAUCAACAAAUGAAGUACAUAAUCCUAAUGAGAAAUCACAGGAUGAUUCUUUACCUGAUCAAGAGCCAAAAGAGAAAUCUAAUGAACUUCAAGAACAAGAGCAAGAGAAACAUAAGGGUCAACCUCAAGACCAAUCACAAGAGCAAAUACAAGAACAAUCCCAAGAACAAUCACAAGGACAAUCCCAAGAACAAUCUCAGGAACAACCUCAAGAACAAAAUCAAGACAAGGAAGAUCAAGUUCAAAAUAAACAACAACAACAAUCUACUACACAAGAUGAUCUAGCUCAUAAAGAAUCACCAAAAGAUAAAGAACAAGAACCUAAAGAGAAUCAACAAUAUUCAGAAUCAUCUAUAGAGCCAUCUUUACAAUCACCACAUUCCAUAGAUACAAUCAUUAGAAAUGGUGUUCCAAUUCCAAAAGAUUCUGCUUUAUUAACACCAUUACAGAUCUCAUAUAAUCCAUUACAAGAAGAUGAAGUAUCUUCUGAUGUUUUAGUAAAGGCAAAUUUAGCUUCAUUGCCAUUAUCUUUACAAGCUCAUGAAUCAUUAUCAAUUAGAGUUCAAUUUUUAAUACAUUCAGUUCCAUUAUUAGAUAAUAUAGCUACUCAAAUCUUGAGAAUUAUUGGUGUGGGUCCAUAUGAAGAAACUUUAGCAAUUAUAACAGCUGAAGAACCAACUCCAGAAGGUUUGGUUUAUAAAGAUCUUGUUGAAUUAUUUGAACAAGUUAAAAGAAUAUUCUCUGAAGAAGAUCCAUUUUUAAGUUUCCAUAAUAUAAUUGAAGAUUUGAAUGAAUUAAGUUUAGAUGUUGUUAAAAGUUUAAGAAAUUUAGAAGAUCAAUUAGAUUCUGCUUUUAGAAAAGCUAAUUUAGCUUCAUUUUUAUUAGCUACUUUAGGUUCUAUUGAAGUUGGGUUUUUCUAUUUAAAUGAAUCAUUUUUAGAUGUUUUCUGUCCAACUUAUAAUAAUGGAUGGACUAAAAAUCCAAAUUCAACAUAUCAUCAACAUUUGAAUAGUACAACUUCUAUAACUGCUGGAAAAUUAUUAAAAGCUCAAGCUGCUUUAUUUUUAGAAUUGAAAACUCAAGCUUAUAUAUCAGCUUUAGAAUCAGGAGAUCGUUCAAAAGAAGAAGUUUUAGAUGAUAUUUUCCCAGAUUUUUUGAAAGAUCAAUUAUUACAUCGUCGUCAAACUACUGAAUUAACUCCAGCUGAACAAGAUUUCUUACAACGUUGUAAAUCACGUCGUGAAACUUUAUUCUCAACACCAGAUGAUCAAGAUCUCGCAGAACAUUAUGAAUGGUUGAUUUUUUUAAAAGAAUUAUUUAAUUAUGUCUCCAAAAAUAUUGGAUUUUUAAUAUGGGGUAGAAAAGGUCGUCAUCAAGAAUUAACAACUAUUGGAUUUGAUUCAAGUGGUUCUUCAACUCCAAUAACAGCUUUUGCAUCAUUUUCUAAAGAAGAAUUACAAAGAAAAUUAGAGGAACAAAGACUUAAAGAACGUGAAGCUAAAGAAAGAGCUGAAAAGCAAGAUCGUGAAAAAUUACCAACUGCAAGACAAUUGAAUAAAAAGAAUCAACUACAAAAAUCUACAACCGGAAGUAAUUCAAGUGGGAAUACUUCACGUCAAAAUAAAUCAACUGCUGCUAGAAAUCCACCACGUUUACGUCAUAUUUUACGUAGACCAUGGACAGGUGAAGAGGAAGAAGCUUUAAUUGAUGCUUUAAAACUUAUUGGUCCUCAAUGGUCUAAAAUAUUAGAAUUACACGGUGCUGGUGGUUCAAAAUCUGAAGCUUUAAAAAAUAGAACACAAGUUCAACUAAAAGAUAAAGCAAGAAAUUGGAAAAUGGGAUAUUUGAAAAAUAAAGGUGAAGCACCUGAUUAUUUAUCAAAAGUUACAGGUGAUUUAGGUGAUGAUCGUUCAACUAAAAAGAGAAGACGUGAUAAUACCAAUGCUAAAAAUGCAACAAACUCUGCUGCUGCUCAAAGUGGAGCACCACCUUCACUAACAGGUAAUAAGAAAGCUCGUGCUACUGCCAAAUCAAUCACAAGUGAUAAUAAUUUAUCAAAUCAAGAAAUCCAAUCAUCAACUAGUGAAACCAAUAGAGUAUCGCAACAAGAAAGUAGUGUUAGACUAGAGAAACCUGACGAUCAAAGUUCUGAUAAAACCACUGAUAAGGAAACAAAUACUUCACAAGAUCCUAUAACGAGUGAGAAGGGACCCGAUGGUGAUGUUUCAAUGCAAGAAUAA